UCUCUGUGGCUCGCUCGCUCGCUCGCUCGGCGGCUGCUGCUGCUGCGGCUCGGUGCAGCGGGGGGAAGCCUGGUCCCUGGAUCCUCCUCCUGCUGCUGCUGCUGCUGCCGGGUGGUGGCCGGGAAGGAAGAGGAGCGGCCGCGGGGGAGGCAGCGGAGAGGAGCGGCAGGACCAUGCUGCUGGACGCCGGACCCCAGUUCCCUGCCAUUGGAGUGGGCACUUUCGCUCGGCACCAUCACUCGGCCGCCGCCGAGAUGCAGGACCGGGAGCUGAGCCUGGCGGCGCAGAACAGCUUUGUGGACUCGGCAGCCCACAUGGGGGCUUUUAAACUCAACCCCGGGGCCCACGAUCUGUCCCCCGGCCAGAGCUCGGCUUUCACCUCGCAGGCUCCCGGCUACCCGGCGGCAGCCUUGGGGCCCCACGCCGCCCAUGUCAGCUCCUAUUCCGGGGCGCCUUUCAACUCCACCCGGGACUUCUUGUUUCGCAGCCGGGGCUUUGGGGACUCGUCUCCGGCCGGCGGCCAGCACGGGAUCUUUGGCCCUGCGGCCGGGACCCUCCAUCACCCGCACACGGACGCUCAGAGCCACAUCCUCUUCCCCGCCAUUCACGACCAGCACGGCCCCCACGCCUCCCAAAACGUCCUGAACGGCCAGAUGCGGCUGGGUUUGCCCGGGGAGGUCUUCGCCCGAUCGGAUCAAUACCGCCAGGUCUCUAGCCCCAGGACUGAUCCCUAUUCGGCGGCUCAGCUGCACAACCAGUAUGGCCCCAUGAAUAUGAAUAUGGGCAUGAACAUGGCAGCUCACCACCAUCACCACCCAGGUGCCUUUUUUCGAUACAUGAGACAACAGUGCAUCAAGCAAGAGCUGAUCUGCAAGUGGAUCGACCCCGAGCAGCUGAACAACCCCAAAAAGAGUUGCAAUAAAACUUUUAGCACCAUGCACGAGCUGGUCACCCAUGUCUCGGUGGAACAUGUUGGGGGACCCGAGCAGAGCAACCAUAUCUGUUAUUGGGAGGAGUGUCCCCGGGAAGGCAAACCUUUCAAAGCCAAAUACAAACUGGUCAAUCAUAUCCGAGUGCACACGGGAGAGAAGCCCUUCCCCUGUCCUUUUCCUGGCUGUGGGAAAGUUUUCGCCAGAUCAGAAAACCUAAAAAUCCACAAAAGGACACACACAGGAGAAAAGCCUUUCCAGUGUGAAUUUGAAGGCUGUGACAGACGUUUUGCCAACAGCAGCGACAGGAAGAAGCACAUGCAUGUCCACACUUCAGAUAAGCCCUAUCUGUGCAAAAUGUGCGACAAAUCCUACACCCACCCCAGCUCUCUGCGGAAGCACAUGAAGGUCCAUGAAUCUUCCCCUCAAGGCUCGGAAUCGUCCCCGGCUGCCAGCUCGGGCUAUGAGUCCUCCACCCCCCCGGGCCUGGUGUCCCCCAGCGCCGAGACUCAGAGCGCCACCAACCUGUCCCCGGCGGCGGCGGCGGCGGCGGCGGCGGCCGCGGUGUCUGCGGUGCACAGAGGCAGCGGCGGCGGCGGCGGCGGGGGAGGCAGCGGCAGCGGAGCCGGCGGGGGUGGGGGGGCCAGCGGGAGCCACAGCGGCCUCUCCUCCAACUUCAACGAAUGGUACGUGUAGGGGCCCUGCCGGACUGCUGGGCGAGGCCCCGCCGAGGAGGAGGAAGAAGCAGACACACCGGGAAGGUGCUGGAUCCUGUUUGGUUUGGGUUUCAUUCUUAACCAGCGAAAGGAUUAACAACUUAAAGGGCUCUAGAGCCCAGGAGAGCAAAUCCCCGCCAGAGCCUCCAAAACAAAAAAAAUCCGCCACAGCUAAACUCUUCUUGUCUCCCCCUCCCCGUCCCUCUGCCCCAGCACCCUCCAUCCCGACCAGCUGUGUACAGAGAGGACUCCUCCUUCCUCCUCCAAGGUGGUAAACGAAGUUUUAUUCGAUUCUUGGUGUAUAGAAGUUCGCCCCAUUUGUAAACUACGGAUUGAUUUUCUCCCACCCCAAAAAGUGAUGGACUUUUUUCGUUUCUUUUUCUCUUUUUAGUUCAUCCAUUAAAAAAAAAAAGUAACGUGGAAGAAAAUGGUUUCUUUUGUAAUUGUGAUAAUGAAUAUUGUGUUCUUUUUUAAGAGGCAAUUUGAUUGUAAACUUAAUUCAACUAUAGACUGGGGGGAAAACUGUGCCAAAGUCUCCAUUCUGUUACACACACACACCACCAACAACAACGCUUGUGAAUGUAUUUUUCUGUUAGCUGGGUUUACAUGUGAUGUUUUAGUGCUUUUGCAAGUUCAAUUUGUUAGUUCCUGUCUGGAAGAUUGUGAGGAAAAAUAAACGUCGUGCCGUUAGCUUUUCCCUAAUA